AGACUUGUUAGUCGUCGCGGGCCGGGCGCCUCGCGCGGAUUGGGCGGUGGAGGGCAUGGUGCGGCGCUGGGUCCAGGUGGAGAACUUAGGCACGCGCGUGAACUGGCAGUCCCUGAAGCGGAAGGCCCUGGAGGCCCUCGGCAAUGCCACGGAGACCGCGAUCAAGGGCGGGCGCAUGGACCGCGCCUCCAAGACCGCGGUCAUCGAGUUCGCCGACGAGGAGCAGGCGGAGAAGGUCGCGGGGAUCUUUGACGGUUACCACGACAAGGUGACCAGCAAGAGCGAUGGGUCCUCCGACCUGUGGCGCGCGCGGGCGGUCUCGGAGGCCCC